AUGUGGUAUUUGAAGAGCAAUCUAAGGGUUGAAGCAGAGCGGCUUAUACGUCAUCUGCCCAUCACUGACGAAAAUUGUGACAUUGCAUGGACAACGCUAACAAACCAUUACAGCAAUCAACGAUUGAUGGUAUCCCCCAGUGCUUUGAAAAAACUUCAUGACGUUACGAAGGAAUGUCUAGCAGGUCUCAAGAACUUUAAUAUCAAUAUAGCGAGUUGGGAUCCCAUUUUAUUACAUAUUUUACUGAAGAAGUUAGACAAGGUUACGCACGCCUUAUACGAACAAACUUUGACUUCACCACGAGAACUGCAGCUGGUUGAUGCAUUACUCGCGUUUUUGGAAAGACACUUUCAGUCGUUAGAGGCCUUGUGUAGCGACAAGAGGAGUACGACUCAAAACAAACCUACAAAGCGAACCUCGGCUUUAAUAUCCACCAAGGACAGUCAAUCUUUACAGUGUAAAAACUGCGAGGGAAGCCAUCGAAUCUACACAUGUGAAGCCUUUAAACAAUUGUCCAUCUGGGAUCGAGUAGCCAAAAUCAAGCAGCUGAGGCUAUGUUUGAACUGUCUUCGCGAAGGACAUCGAAGGGCACAGUGCAGCGCAGGAAGUUGCCUUAAAUGUGGCAAGAAGCACAACACUCUCCUAAAUAUGGACGCCAACAAUCAAGACAAAACAACGCCCUCUAUCACCGCAAUUCAAACAACACCCAACGCCACCAAGCAAGGGCAAGUAUCAUGUACUGUAAAGGACAAGGGUUCUACAAAUGUCAACCAUUCUAUUGCAUUAUCAACGGAAAUAUCUGCAGGGCCUUUUGUUCUAUUAGCUACUCCACUCAUCAAGGAGACAAACCAAAAGGGCAAGUCGAUAGAAAUGAAAGCCCGGCAACAUUCAGCUUGCAGCUUCCACUGCUGCAAAACACGGUCUUUGGCUGGAUAA